GCCUUUGAAGAUUGUCAUCUCGUUCUGUGAAAGAUGUCUUGGAAUCAAUCAACGAUCUUUCAACUUUUGCUCGCUAUCCUGCUUAUCGCAGGGUUCGGGUCUCAUCUUUUCGUAGCUGCAAAUGCUAUAGAUUGCAAGUUUGGUUAUUUUAAAUCCGGCUCCGUUUAUGUGUGUACGGCACCAGACCACGUCACCUAUAUCUGCCAACAUUGUGGAAGGGCCGAUGGACUGUCACCCGUUGGUCUUGACUGUGUUGAUGAAGCCGGACACCAAGUAGGCAAGGGAAAUUGGUGGAAUUGUGACUACAAAAUGGGUCCCUUGUCAACAACCCCUCGCGCAGACCAAAUAAACAUAGUUUGUCAGCACUAUAUCAACGGGUCUGGAGGGGUGGGCACGUACUAUUGCAAGUCUCCCGGUAGAUUCCAACAAUGUACUUCGUGUAGCACAUGAAACCAUCACCAUCCUGAGUUACCCUGCAGGUAUACAUCAUUGUUGCAUGUCCAUGAUGGUGUUUCUUAAAGGAGUUGCUGCAAAUCAUUGGCAUGAGCCUUGUUUAGUCAAA